UAACCCCAUAUUUACAAAUACAUGUUGGUUCUUUGGUUUAUACAUGAAAAAUACGAUUACAAAAUACAAAGACGAGGACCAAUUUACCAACUUCCGAGUUUCGUUCUGAAGCUGCUACCGAAAUCCGUUCGGAUACUUGGAACUCGCGCAUUAUCAUCACAACCCGGCGCUUCUACCGUCGCUAAAACUCACACUCACUCAAUCUCAAUCUCAAUCGUAAUCUUGGGGGACAUCAGAAUAUGAAGCCGCAUCCAGCUUGGAGUUCGUCGAAAAACCCAGUUAAGUUCAGAAUUCCAACUGCUGAAAAUCUUAUCCCCAUUCGGCUUGAUGUUGAUAUAGAUGGUCAGAGGUUCAGGGAUACAUUUACUUGGAACCCUUCUGAUCCAGAUUCUGAUGUAAUUUUGUUUGCAAAACGGACAGUGAAAGACCUCAAGCUUCCUCCAGCAUUUGUGACCCAAAUUGCUCAAUCCAUUCAAUCACAGCUUACUGAAUUUCGAUCAUUUGAAGGGCAAGAUAUGUACACAGGCGAGAAAAUUGUCCCUAUUAAGCUUGAUCUUCGAGUGAAUCAUACAUUGAUAAAGGACCAAUUUUUAUGGGACUUGAAUAACUUUGAUAGUGACCCUGAAGAAUUUGCAAGAAUUUUCUGUGAAGAUUUGGGUAUCCAAGACCCUGAAGUUGGACCUGCAAUUGCGUUUGCAAUUAGGGAACAACUUUGUGAGAUUGCAAUCCAGAGUGUAGCUUCAGCAAGGGAAACAAGAAUAAACAAAAAAGGACGAAGGGGCACUGAACAUCUGCCUCUCAGUAAGCCAGGUGGAACUGCGUUGGACACGAUGAAGUUAUUUGGUAACAAAUCAAGUGUGAUCAGGAAAAGAAGGGAGUGGGACUUAUAUGAACCCAUAGUUGAUCUUUUGUCCAAUGAGGAAGUUGAUGCCCUAGAGGCUAGAGAAUCAUGAUUUAUUUAUAUUUUUUGAAAUCUUGAAAGAAACAUUUUGCUUACUUACACUUAGAUAAUCUCUUAUUCCAUGUAGAUACUCCUGUAUCUUCAUUGACUUAUUUGGGUGUUUAGGUUGACAUUUCUUUAGAUCUUCUAUCUUUUAGGUUGUGUCGUGUGCUGUUGUUACUGUCCGGACAUGAUUACACAGUUUUUAAGGCUACUUUCGAUGACAAGGAUGCGAGGGCAUUAAUUUCUUUUACUUAGGCGAGACCAUGUUGUUCCCCCUUUUUGCAAUUUUUUGUCCCAUUGACAUGAGCUCUAAUGUACGUCAAACGCAAUACAAGACUUUCUUGUUUUGUUUUGUUCUGGGUUUGGGAAACCCUAAAUUCGAGAUUUUGCACCCUAUUUAAAAAACUUAACUCUAGGGUUUUGGCCUCAUUUCCAGCCUCUAAGCCCCAAACCCUAAAUCUCGAAACCCUAAUGCAUUGUGAGAGUGUGUGAGCCAUUUUUGAGUGAAUUUGUGUGCAUUGAAGCUUGUGGAAUAAGGAGAAGCUUGGGGAUUCAAGAAGAGGCUUUUAGAUCCAGAAACGUCUUCACAUUCUCAGCAUUUUCGGUGAUUACUCUUUCAGAUCUGGGGUCUAGAAGAGGUUUCAUGGCAUAAAGGUGCAAACUCGAUUUUCAAAGGAAAGGAGCCGACAUGACUGCAACGCAUCACACACUCGAUUUUCUGCACAUGAGAUCUUUGGGAUUACACUCUGAUAUUGUUUUAUGAUAACAUGUUUUGAUUAUUGACACUUUGGUUUUGACAUGG